AUGGUCCAGCGUCGACCAGGACGAGGAGCAGCCUUCGGGCUGGUUGCUGCCGUUGCGACAGCAUGGGUGGCAGCCACGCUCAGUUUCGUUCUAGGCACCGGCUCGCCCAGGCGGCUCCGGGACGUCGGAGCCAAGGCCGGCAUGAUGGAUGUGGACGUCGCCGCGAGCGUGGGCAUGCCCAACCCGGCAGUUCAGGAUGCCAAGGAGAGGCUGAUGGACUUGCUCGAAGACAGCUCCCUCGAGGAAGAGGUCCUCCGACCUGAAGGCAAGCCAAUGCGCGGGCGUGUUGACGAAGCGAUUGUCCGCUUAGAGAGGCUGAACACCCAGGAGGAGCCUGUGUACUCCAUUGAGCUAGACGGCACAUGGAACGUGAAGUACGCGGGGUCCUAUGCUCCUGGCCUCCUCUCCUCACCAACUAGGGAGCUGGCUCUCUUCUUGUAUGGUGGCGGAUUUUCGCUGGGAAACGCUUUGUCAUCCUUUGCGCAGGGAUUUUGGGGUCAGUCUUUGGGCGUGAAGCUUGGUUCCAAGAAGGUCCAGAUCUCCGGUGGCCGCGAUGUCGAAGCAUCGGCCAAGGUUGAAGUCGCUGGGCGCCAGGAGACCUUGACUUACAAAGCCGAGCUUAUGCCGCUGAGCGCGCAGCGCAUGAGCGAAGAGGUGAUUGCCCUGAAGUUGCCGGAUCCCAUCGGCGAUCAGGACCUUCCCCUCGAGCUUCGUCGAAGUAUCCUGGUGACAUACCUGGACGAGGAUAUGAUGAUCGUCCGGGAUGAGUCUGGAGUUCCAGAGGUCCUUGUGAAGGAGCUUGCGCCCGUUUCGCCCACCAUAGUCGCAGCCGAGCAGGCACCAGUGGAUUCCACCAACUCAUCCAGUGAAAGCGACGAGGAUCGGGCCUUGCUCGAUGCAGCCGAGUCUGAGGCCUCCUGA